ACAAUCUUCCGAGUCAUGGCGGUCAGUCUCAUCGCUCGCUUCUACGUCACUUCUGCCUCCUCUUCAUCUUCUUACUCCGCUUUCCGCUUGAACCAAAUCGGUCUUAGACUUAUAGCGGCUGUCUCCACUAGAAGGCAUCACUGCAGCUGUAAGAGAAUGGCGGCUUCUUCACUCCCCCAGCAAGACAAAAUCCCUGCUCCUUACGGCUCUUGGAAGUCCCCCAUCACCGCAGACGUCGUUUCUGGCUCCUCCAAGCGACUCGGAGGCACUGCCGUUGACGCCCGCGGCAGCCUCAUCUGGCUUGAAUCGCGCCCCACUGAAGCCGGACGAGGGGUUCUGGUGAAGGAGCCGGGGAAACCGGGGGAUGAACCUGUUGAUAUCACGCCUAAGGAGUUUGGGGUAAGGACAGUUGCUCAAGAAUAUGGUGGUGGAGCUUUCAGGGUUUCUGGUGAUACGGUCAUAUUUUCGAAUUACAAGGAUCAACGACUAUACAAGCAGUCAUUAAAUUCUAAAGAUUCUACUCCUCUACCACUUACCCCAGAUUAUGGCGGACCAUUAGUCAGUUAUGCAGAUGGAGUCUUUGAUGCACGCUUUAAUCGUUAUAUCACUGUACAGGAAGACCAUCGUGAAAGUAGUUUGAAUCCAACCACGACAAUUGUGACAAUGGGGAUUGGUGGCAAGGAUAUUCAGGAGCCAGAAGUAUUAGUAGGCGGGAACGAUUUCUAUGCUUUUCCACGCUUGGAUUCCAGGGGUGAAAAAAUGGCAUGGAUUGAAUGGUGUCAACCUAACAUGCCAUGGGAUAAAUCAGAACUCUGGGUUGGUUAUAUUUCUGAAAAUGGAGAGGUCUACAAGCGCAUCUGUGUUGCUGGCUCGGAUUCUACGCUUGUGGAGUCUCCAACUGAACCUAAGUGGUCCCCUAAUGGGGAACUAUUUUUUAUUACUGAUAGAAAAAGUGGCUUCUGGAAUAUCUACAAAUGGGUUGAGUCUGAGAAUAAGGUAGUAGCAGUUUAUUCUUUGGAUGCCGAGUUUGCCAGACCAUUAUGGGUAUUUGGCAUGAAUUCUUAUGAAUUCAUUCAGAGCAAUGAACAGAAAAAUUUAAUUGCUUGCAGCUAUAGGCAGAAUGGGACAUCAUAUCUUGCAAUUCUGGAUGAUGCUCAGAGUUCAUUAUCUCUGCUUGAUAUUCCUUUCACAGAUAUAGAUAAUAUCAGUUCAGGGAAACAAUGCUUGUAUGUGGAGGGAGCAUCUGCAUUUCAUCUGCCAUCAGUAGCUAAGGUGACUCUAGAUGAACAUAAAACAAAAGCAGCUGAAUUUGAGAUUAUUUGGUGUUCUUCAUCUGAUGUUUUAAAGUACAAGUCGUACUUUAGCGUGCCUGAGUUCAUAGAAUUCCCAACAGAAGUGCCUGGUCAAAAUGCAUAUGCAUACUUCUAUCCACCAUCUAAUGCUGAGUUCCAAGGUAGUUCGGGAGAAAAGCCCCCAUUGCUAUUGAAAAGCCAUGGAGGCCCCACAUCUGAAACACAUGGGUCGUUAAAUCUGAACAUUCAGUACUGGACUAGUAGAGGUUGGGCAUUUGUUGAUGUCAACUAUGGUGGAAGCACUGGUUAUGGCAGAGACUAUCGAGAUCGGCUUUUGGGGCAGUGGGGAAUUGUUGAUGUUAAUGACUGUUGUAGUUGUGCUAGAUUUUUGGUGGACUCUGGAAAGGUAGAUGGGGAACGACUAUGUAUAACUGGGGGCUCUGCUGGUGGAUAUACAACCUUAGCAGCUCUUGCCUUUAAAGAAACUUUUAAGGCUGGAGCUUCCUUGUAUGGUGUAGCUGACUUGAGCUUGUUGAGAGCAGAAACACACAAAUUUGAAUCUCAUUAUAUUGAUAAUCUUGUAGGAAGUGAAAAGGAUUACUUCGAGAGGUCUCCAAUUAAUUUUGUUGAUAAAUUUUCCUGCCCUAUAAUAUUAUUCCAAGGAUUGGAGGACAAAGUUGUAGCUCCUGACCAAGCCCGUAAAAUUUACCAGGCAUUGAAAGAAAAGGGUCUACCGGUUGCUCUUGUAGAGUAUGAAGGAGAACAACAUGGUUUUCGCAAGGCUGAGAACAUUAAGUUCACACUGGAACAACAAAUGGUUUUCUUUGCACGAUUGGUUGGACACUUCGAUGUUGCAGACGAGAUUAAUCCAAUUAAAAUUGAUAACUUUGACUGAGCUGUGAGUGAAAAGGAGCAAUCAAUCUGUUGGUUUCAAUAAGCUUUCAUCUGCUUGAAUUUUUUACUACACCAAACAAGCUGAAGCUUUGGGUCUUGAAAGUGAGUACAGGCGUGCUCAAUCCCCUUAUCUUGUUAACCAGUUGUUCCAGAAACCUGAAAAAUGACUACGCAUCACGUUCUGUAUAAUUUUAUCUUUCAAAUAAGCGUAGAGAUUAUUGUUCCUGGUCAAUUAUAUGAUAUAUUUGAUUGAGUUUCUAAUGAAGGAUUUUUUUUUUUUUUUUU